CACCAGUCUGUCUUCCUGUCUGCCAUGUCCCCACAGCCUGGACGAGACCUGUCUCUCUGCUGGGAGCAGCACCGGAAACUGCUGCCAGGCGUGGCCAAAGUCCACGCGGAUGCCGUCCAGUGCUGGAGCAUCCAGCAGGUGUCGGAUUUUAUUGAGUCUCUGCCUGGCUGUGAGGAACAAGCCAAACAGUUUAGAGACGAGCAAAUAGAUGGGCGGGCCUUUCUUCUGCUCACACAACAGGACAUCGUCAAGAUCAUGUCAAUCAAACUUGGCCCUGCCCUGAAAAUCUACAACUCCAUCUUGAUGUUUAAACAUGCCAAGGAAAAGAGCCCAUCACACGUUGAGGACAACAGCCAGUCGCACACUCAGGAUUUGUGCACCUGACAUUUGCAACUGAAUA